GUGGCUGAAGGAGACAAUAUGCAAAUGAGAGAGAGAGAGAGAGAGGUCUUAAAAGGAGAAACAGAGUGAAUUUAUAAAUUAAUUAUUGAUUAUAAUUAAAAUGAGUUUAGAAUUAGUACUAAUGAGGAAGAAGACCACAUGGACACGUUAGGGGGAGACACAAGGAGACAAAUUACAGACAAUGUAACUAGAGUUAUGAGUUUUAAGAGUAUUAAAGAUUUUAAAAGUAUAGAGACCAGCCAUGCAAUUGUAGAAUUAUAAAGUAAUUAAAAUCUUGCAGCGAUCGAGAUUGAAUUUGUAGGAAAAGAAUGGUCGGUCAAUGGGAGUUAGGACUUAAACGAGAGAGUGCAUGAAGGAGGGUAAUAAACAGCUAACGAUGUAUGGUCGGUACAUGAUCAUCGUGAACAGCCAAUUACACUUAAAAUAUCUUACCAACUCACAAUAAUCUACUACCAUUUCAAUUCCAUCCUUUAUAUUGGAUCUCGUAUAUGAGUUAUGGUGGAUGCAAGAAAACCAAGAAAUCUUUACAAAUCAAUGAGUCAAAGUAGGUGUGGUUGUCUCAACGGGAAGAGAUAUUAAGCUAAGGAAAUCAAAAUCUGAAUAAUCAAAAAACUUCCACCUUAAUUACUGUCAUACAAUGAAUACAGUUAUCACAGAUCGAUGUAUCAAAACUCUUUAUUCUUAUGUUUUAUCUAUCCUUGCAUGAAACUUUAUUAUAAAAUAGCAUACUAGCUCUGUAAAUUCUAAUACAUUUUAGAUAAGCAAAAGCAAUCCAUAUAACAUCACUACAAUAGUCAUGACCAGACUACGCAUUUGUUAUAUAGUGUCUGGAAUCAUUUGCAUCCUCUUCACCACCUUUAUGAUCACUUUGGUUCUUGCGCAAACUGUGUUCAAACCAAAACAUCCUAUACUACAAACCGUGUCUUCAACUGUCGAAGACGUAUCCACAUAUGUAUCACCAACAUUUGAUGUCCAGCUAAAUUUUACUCUCACACUUCAGAUGCUAAUGACGAAUCCCAACCUUGCAGAUUUUGAAUACAAGACGGUGGAGAACUUGGUUUAUUACAGAGAUAUUCUAGUGGGAAAUCUCACUCUUCCUUCGACUACACUCCCAGCCAAAGGCUCAGCGCUUUUGCCAUGUCCUCUAGUACUUCAGAUCGAUAAAUUUGUUGCAGAUUUAGGUGACAUUUUGCAAGAUAUAUUGCAAAGAAAAAUUGUGAUAGAGACCAAGGCAAAUAUGCCGGGGAAAAUCACAGUGUUGGGAAUCUUUAAGGCACAUUUAAAUACAGUAUCGCAUUGUAAACUCGUACUUAGCUUUCCUUCAAUGGAAGUUGAGAUGCAAGUGUGUGAGCUUGACACUAAGCUAUAAAACGCUGAUGUUUUCUCAGGUGAACAUGUUGAAGGUUAGUAGGGAAGAGUUCCUCUUCAUGUAAUCAUAUUGUUUAUUUUUUCAUUUCAUUUUGAUCUUGAUGUUUGUUUAAGUUACUUCCACAUGAAUUCAAAGUGAUAAUAAGGAAAAGAAUGUGUAUGGUUAUCUCCCUGUGCAAAGAGAAAAAUCUAAACUUUUAAAGAAAGAAAUAAACAGUUUAAGUUGUAUAUUGGGUGAAUUGUGAAGUAACCAAAUGAUAGAAUAGUUAUAUGCAAUUAGCUGAGUAUACAUAUUACAUAAAAUUAUUAUGAAACGUUCAAAACAAUUUUAUCGAAUAUG